GGAAAGUCAUUUGAAAAAGAAGAAACAAUGGGAAAGUAUGCAAUGCUGAGAAGUUACAUGAGAAGGUUCAAGAUCAAGAAGGAUGGUCAUAUUCUCAAAAACUGUUCUCUUGUCAUUGAAGGAGAUAGCUUCUUCAGGCAACAAUACAAAGAGAGUGGAUUCAAUUUCAUCCUUGGAGGCGAAUAUGACAGGUAUGCUGACUAUUUAAGAACAUUACUAAAAUCUUUCAUUAAUAGCAAUGUGACUUGCUAUGUAGUCUUCACUGGGGCUAUGGAUGUAGACUUAGAAAAGAGAAAGGUGAUUCACCAAAAUAUCAUAGAUGAUAGGGACAACAUUGAACCUGGGGAUAACAAGUUUUAUGAACAAAUUUUUACAAAAAAUGUGCAUAGGGAGGUGCUUGAAGAACUAGGAAUCAGGUAUUGUGUGACUGAGUACAAUGCUCGUCAAACUCUCUUAGAUCUAUCCAGAGAGUUCAACUGUCCUGUCCUGACCCACAAUUUUGAACAGUGUCUUCUUGGCAUGACCUGUAUAAUUCCGGGGUCAAUAUGGUAUGACCAAGAAAGAAAUCAUGUUACUUGCCUAAAACAAACACCAGAUUUAUUCAAAGAGCGUAUUAAGAUAGCUGAGGAUAUGAAGCCAAUAUUCUUGACAAUUAUGGAUGAGAAUUUACCGCUGUAUGAUAAGAUUCCCGAAAUAAUAGGAUCAAACCCAGAAUGGCCUGUUGCACCAUUGUUAUACUGGAUCAAAAAACAAGAGAGAGAGUCCUUAGAGAGAGUGAUUGACAAACUGGAUAUGCUGUUAACCACAAUGGUCCAGAAACAAAUGUUUCGAGAGUCACUUGAUGAACUUACAAAUCUAAUUUUUCAUAGAAGAGAAUCCCAUGCUUUGAGUUAUUUAAAAGGAGAACAGACUGCAAUUUUGGACGAUGGGAUAGUGGUUCAAGAAUGGAGUACUGGCUGGUAAAAUUCCGAGUGUUUACAUAAAUUUAAAAAAUAAGGCAACAUUCUCAGGCUCAUGGGUACUUUUUGAUGAAAGGAAACCGGACGCCCUACUGCCUACAUUGGAUAUUGCUAUGUAUGCCCACAGUCUUUUGUGGGAUUCUCCGCAAAGUAUAACUUUCAUCGGUCGCAAGGGACGCUCAGUGGAUGUAACUAUCAUGCCACCAAAAUAUUCAGGGACCUCGGAGGAAGGGAGAAACAAAGAAGGGACCUUUGAGAAGUUCAUUGAAGAUAGUCUGCCCGGUUUUGAUUGGUCGUUGCUAAAGCAUGUUCCAAAAGAUAGUUGGCUGCUCGUAGUUAGUCUGGUGUACUACAUUUCGAAAGCCAAUAAAAAUUUCACUGCAGAGGCUUACAGUAUUCUUCUGUCCUACGUUAUGCUUGGGCCCGUGUCAGCGAAAGUUGGGUUGCUUAGGAAAAAAAAGAUAGAGUCUCGUAGUUUGGAGUCAGGCGACGACGACGUUGAAAUCUACACAUACAAAGACUGCCUAGAGGCGGCCAAAGCUAUGAUAGAAUACUUUAAUGAAGGAGAUAUCAAAAAUAACUUUAAUCGAGGUAUUCUUCAUGAUUUAGCUGCGUUCCAGCAUUGUUUACAGCAUGUGAACUAUCUGAACAUGUUGUGCGGAAAUGUAAAAUGUACGAACUAUCACAAGACCUAUAAUGGUACCUUUGUGUUCAAUAUUCUUCUGCAGCUGAGGGAAACAAGAUGACCCAAUCCUUUUUUUUGAAACAAAGUUCGUGACCAGCCUUACGGUACUAAGUUUUUACAAAAGCAUUAAAGGAGCAUUUCUUAAUAUUUUAUCUGCAACUAAGAUGAAUUAAAUAAAUAAUAUGUAACUUUAAAAUG